AUGUACAAGUUGGUGGUGUUGUCCGCUUUGCUCGCCGUAGCUGCUGCCCGCCCGGGUUACUUGGAGUCGGGACCUUUGCUGCACACCUAUGCUGCGCCUGCCAUUAUUCACGAGCCCGCCCUGGCAAAGAUAGGCAGCAUUGUGAAGACAAUUCCAACGGCUGUGUCUCAUCAGAGCAUUAGCCAGGUGCACAGUUCGGCGCACAUUGUGCAGCCAAUUAUUGCACCGGUGGUGAAGACUUAUGCUGCCCCGGUUAUACAUGCGGCCCCCAUUCUAAAGACCUACUCGGCGCCGGCUCUGCACACAACGCUGCUAUCGCCCUCGUGGUCCGGCCAUGGCUGGGCUCCGUCCUGGUAA